GCUCAGUUCACGACCAUACGCAAGAUACCGUCUCGCGUCACCACAUCGCGACAAAAUUCAAGCUUUGCGACAACCACGAUGUCGGUCGACUACCUCCUCCACGAAAGCCCUAUCGGCUAUGCGGUCUUCAAAGUAAUUUUGCAGCCCGACACCAUUGGCAACCGCCUUGCCGAAGUCCAGAAGGCCGUGCAGGACCUUGACAAGUUCGGAAAGACUGUCGAGCUUGUCGGUCUUGCGCCGUUCCAAGGAACCCAGGAUGCGCUCCAGGAAAUCAAUGACAUUUCUGAGGGUAUCCUCUCCGACUUCCUGCGCGCGACUCUCGAGACCAAUCUCCCAAAGGCUGGCAAGAAGAAGACCAUCACCCUCGGUCUGAGCGAAAGCAAUCUGGCUGGAAGCAUCAAGGCCGCCUUCCCCAACCUCGCCUGCGAAACCGCCCAAACCUCUGAAGUCGUCUCUGACCUUCUCCGUGGUCUCCGCCAGCACUCCGGCAAGCUUAUCAAGAAGCUCCAGCCCGGCGAUAUCGACCGUUCCAUCCUUGGUCUCGGUCACGCAUACUCUCGUGCUAAGGUGAAGUUCAGCGUCAACAAGCAGGACAACCACAUCAUUCAGGCUAUUGCUACCCUCGACCAGGUCGACAAGGACCUGAACCAGUUCUGCAUGCGCCUUCGUGAGAACUACGGGUGGCACUUCCCUGAGUUGUCGAAGAUUAUUCAGAACAACGACCAGUACGCUAAGGUUGUUCUCGAGAUCGGCAACAAGUCUCGCCUUACCGACGACGAUACCCACGACCUUGCCGCUAUCGUCGACGAUGAUGAGGCUGUUGCGACUGCCAUCAUCAAGGCUGCUCGCACAUCCAUGGGUCGCGACCUCUCUGAGGCCGAUAUGGAGAUUGUCAUGGCCUUUGCUAAGCGCACCGCCUCGCUCGCUGCCUACCGCAAGCAACUUUCCAACUACCUUGGAAGCAGGAUGAACCAGGUUGCGCCUAAUCUGGCUGCUUUGAUUGGUGACACCGUUGGCGCUCGUCUCAUCUCCAAGGCCGGAUCUUUGACAAACUUGUCCAAGUACCCUGCCUCCACUGUUCAGAUUCUCGGUGCUGAGAAGGCUCUGUUCCGAGCUCUUAAGACCAAGGGCAACACCCCCAAGUACGGUUUGAUCUACCACUCGUCGUUCAUUGGCAAGACUGCAGCCAAGUCCAAGGGCAGAAUCUCGCGUUUCUUGGCCAACAAGUGCUCCAUCGCCUCCAGGAUUGACAACUUCUCCGAGACACCUACUUCUAAGUUCGGUGAGGCGCUCAAGCGCCAGGUCGAGGAAAGGAUCGAAUUCUACUCUUCCGGUGCGCCACCCUCAAAGAACGCUGCCGUUAUGCAGGCCGCUAUGAACGCUGUCAUGACCGAUAUCGGUAUUCCUGACCCCACCGCUACCGCGACUGAGGACGUCGAGAUGGCCGAUGGUGUUACAGCCGGCGCGACCGAACAGGCUCGUCGCGAGAAGAAGGAUAAGAAAGAGAAGAAGAAGGACAAGAAGUCUAAGGGCGACGAGGAGGUCUCCGAGAAGAAGUCGAAGAAGGAGAAGAAGAGGAAAGCAGAUGACGACGAUGGCGAGAGCAAGAAGAAGAAGAAGAGCAAGGCAUGAUCAACCACUCCCUCGAUAUGAAAAGUUGAUGUAUCAUUGUUUCUGUAUUCUUGCAUAUACUCCCAUCGGCGUUCUAGGGCCGGGAAGGCGUUCGGCGGCGUUUUCGAGCAUAGGGUCCGUUGUGUGACCGCUUUGCAACGGUAUCUAGUUUCAAUCUCUGAGAUGAAUGUUCAUGUUUUUCGACCAGCUAUGAUCGCUAGUGAUUCACGCAGCAGCGCGAUCGGUAGCGCGUGUUUCAUAUCGUUUGGAGCAUCGACAGUGAACCUAGAUUUAUCUUUAUCUAUUCGCCCAGUAAUAUUGGC